AUGAAGAGCAUAUUCCUCGUCCUCGCCCUGAACGGGUUGAUAGUGACUGCUCUACCUAUCCGCCAUGAUGAUGCAUCAGCUGUCGCAACUCCAUUACAUGCGAGAUAUGACCGUGCUGGACCACUCCCGGUCCUGACAGAGUCAUCUUCUGACCGUCCUCAUUUUCCAGAGUGGCUCGCCAACCACCCUGAACAUAUCCAUCCCAAACCGCAUCGCAAUGACUGGAUUGCUCAAGCCAGGAGAAUAGUCAAUACCUGGUCUGCAUUCUACAGCACCGAAUACCCCACAAAACGCCAACGACCACAAUCAUUUGACGACGGAAACGACAAUUCGCUCCAAGACGAGGGUCUUCUCACUUUGGGGAAUGGGGCAUGCGGCAUCGUCGUCGAAAAUUCGCCGGAUGGUGAUACAACGACAAUAGCUGCAAUCCCGUGUCCAUCAACCCGGUAUACACCACCCCAUCGACCAAGUUAUUUUGAGCAAUUGCGCCGUAAUCUCACGACUAUGGACCUAGCCAUGCUGUGCAGCAGAUACGGCCCCGAGAUUGUGGCGCUGUGUAUUUUUUUCCUCGUUCCUAUUUCGGUUGUUCUUGUUGAGAUUGUGGAUGUUUUGCAUGAUAGAUUGGUUACGGAGAAGUUUCCGGAGCGUGGUCGGGGACGGGUUCGGCUUACGGGACCCGAGAGACGGAUGAGUGUGAUUGCGAAGUGUGAGAGGGAGAGGAUGGUGAGGGAUUUGGCGCAGAAGGCGUGGGUGGGUUCGAGGAGGGGGUCGAGGCAUUCUCAUUGA